AACCAACAUUGUCCCGCUCGAGGACCCGCUCCCGCAGCACGAGCAGCAGCAGCAGCAGCAGGAACACGGGACACACCCCGCAGCCCAGCCCCCACCCCCACCAACCACUGCAGCAGCAGCGGCGGCAGCAACAACGGCAGCAACACCAGCAGCAGCAAAAGUCCCCGACUCGCGUCAGAGCCGCGAGACGCAGAGCCGGCGCAAGAUGGCUUCUCCCACGCAGCAGGCCGCGCGCCCAGCAGCAGCAGCAGCAGCAGCAGCAGCAGCAGGGAGGGCCCCAGGGGGCCGGCCAGGGACGACUGCAACGGCCCAGCAGCAGGGGACAGCGCUUCGCCAGCAGCAGCAGCAGCAGCAGCAGGGCCUAGUGCUGCUGCUGCACGGCUUCCAAGGCCUGCAGAGCUGA